AUGUGUGAUGAAGCAAAAUGCCACAAACAAGAACAAAUGUCAGUGUGUAUUCGAUAUACCAAACAUUUUGAAGUAUAUGAACGGUUUAUUGGCUUCUUAAAUGUAUCUGAAAAACAAGAUGCCGAGACCCUAGUAAAUGCAAUUCUCAAUUUUUUAAAAUUAUGUAAGUUAGACCAAGUUCCUAUUGUCGGGCAGUCCUAUGAUGGAGCCAAUGUUAUGUCAGGCAGACAAGGAGGCGUUCAAACUAAAAUGAAAAUACACUAUCCAUAUGCAACUUACAUUCAUUGUAUGGCUCAUAAACUAAAUUUGAUUGUAGUUGAUAUGUGUAAGAAUGUUAAAGUAAGUUCCAACUUUGAACUUACCUAUUAUCUUUAUAAUAAAUCAACAGUUAAUUUAUAAAAAUAUGUGUAUUUUUUAAAGUAUUCAAAGCAGGUUUUUAAUAUGUUGGAGGCCAUAUAUGUGCAUUUCUCAAUGCCAUCUAAGAACAAAAAGUUGCAUGAUAUGCAAAAACUUCUAAAUAUAAAAAUAUGUACUUUUUCACAAAUCAGUGAUACUA